GCCCGGGGCCAUCUCCCGCGCCCUGCGCUCCAGCUCUCCCUGCCUCUGCGCUCCAGGCCCGGACGCCUCCGCACCUCGAAGCCGACAUGAGGGAGCCCCGGGGCGACGGCGGGGGCGCCCCCUUCUGCACGCGCCUCAACCACUCGGACCCGGGCAUGUGGGCGCCCGAGCGCUCGGCCGAGGCGCGGAGCAACCUGACCCGCACGCCGGGGCCGGGCGAGGACUGCGGGUCGGUGUCGGUAGCCUUCCCGAUCACCAUGAUGAUCACGGGCCUCGUGGGCAACGCGCUGGCCAUGCUGCUCGUGUCGCGGAGCUACCGGCGCCGGGAGAGCAAGCGCAAGAAGUCCUUCCUGCUGUGCAUCGGCUGGCUAGCGCUCACCGACCUGGUGGGGCAGCUGCUCACCAGCCCGGUGGUCAUCGUCGUGUACCUGUCGCAGCAGCGCUGGGAGCGGCACGACCCGUCGGGGAGGCUGUGCACCUUCUUCGGCCUCACCAUGACGGUCUUCGGGCUGUCCUCGCUCUUCAUCGCCAGCGCCAUGGCCGUGGAGCGCGCGCUGGCCAUCCGCGCGCCGCACUGGUACGCGAGCCACAUGAAGACGCGCGCCACCCGCGCCGUGCUGCUUGGCGUGUGGCUGGCCGUGCUGGCCUUCGCUCUGCUGCCGGUGCUGGGCGUGGGCCAGUACACGGUCCAGUGGCCCGGGACUUGGUGCUUCAUCAGCACCGCGCGAGGGGGCAACGGGACCGGCUCUGCGCCCGAGCGGGGCAACCUCUUCUUCGCCUCCGCCUUCGCCUUCCUGGGGCUCCUGGCGCUGGGCGUCACCUUCGCCUGCAACCUGGCCACCAUCAAGGCCCUGGUGUCCCGCUGCCGGGCCAAAGCGGUGGCGGCCCAGCCCAGCGCCCAGUGGGGCCGCAUCACCACGGAGACGGCCCUGCAGCUCACGGGGAUCCUGUGCGUGCUGUCCGUCUGCUGGUCGCCGCUCUUGAUAAUGAUGUUGAGAAUGAUCUUCAAUCAGACAUCAGUUGAGCACUGCAAGACACAGACGGAAAAGCAGAAAGAAUGCCAUUUCUUCUUAAUAGCUGUUCGUCUGGCUUCACUGAACCAGAUCUUGGAUCCCUGGGUUUAUCUGCUGCUAAGAAAGAUCCUUCUUCGAAAGUUCUGCCAGGAGUAAUUUUGGGCAAACUGAAAACCUCCCUUGGCACCCAGAUCGCGCCACUAGAAGUUCUACUCUCUUUUUGUGAAAGGAAAGAAAACACUCACGCAACACUCACCUCUCAACGUGUUCUUUCACUUCCUCCUCCAACGCCCACCCCGAAGGGAACCCCUAUCUGGAUGUUGGCAUGUUUUGUUUCCAUGCGUGUUUUGUACUUUUACUCCAUGUGUAUACACCCAGUUAUGCCCUGUUUUCUGAGCUCAGAAUAUUUGCAUAUGUUUAUAUCUAUAUAUAUAUGAUUUGUUACUUUGUUUUCUUUACUCGAAAUUAUUUGUUAAGAUUUAUUCAUAUUAAAUUAUGAAGCUCUAAAUUGUUAAUUUUAACUGCUAUUGAGUAUUCCAUAAUUUAAACAAAGCAUGAUUUUUUUGUUGUUCAGUUCUCUGCUAUGGGGAAAUUAUUUCUAUUCUCGCCAUAAAAAGCAGGGCUGCAAAAUAACUACCAGCAUAUAUGUUUGUAUAUGUCCAUCUGCAUGAAUUCCUCUAAAAUACACAUCUAGGAAUGAAAAAUGAUGUGCCAGUGACUAUGUACGUCUUCACAUGCCCACAUAAAAUCACGUGUAUUGAUGCCAACAUGUAUGAGAUUUUAAUUUCCUACAUCCUUGUUGCUGUGAAAUGGUAUCCUAUUGUUUAUUUAUUUUCUACGUUCUGGACUAAAAUGUGAAGUUGAGCAUGUUUCCAAGUCUUAUGGAUCAUUUGGUUUUCUUCUGUGUGUCAUGUUUAUGAAUUUGACAUUUUGUCUUCUGGGUCAGAUGUCAAUUUCUUAAUGAUUUGAGAAAGUUUCAAAAAUAUAUUCUGGACAGCAAUCCUUUCUUGUGUGUG